CCCUUUAAUCUUGCAUCUCUUCGUUCCUCCUCAUGGCUGGCUGAGCAUCCAACACUCCCACCCCAGCCUAAACACCACCUCCACGUCCUCACAGCAGCCCCCUGCCUUCCCUUGGCGGCUCACUGCUCUUGCCCCAGCUGCAGCUCAACCUUGGAGGAGCCCUAGAGAACCUCCCAUCUAUCUGAAAGUCAGUUAGGUGUAUGUGUAAUCUCCAGAGGGCUGUAACUCACCGUGCAACCCUCUGCUUUGGGAAGUCAGGGAGGCCUCUUGAGUGACUGUCAGUCUCUUAACUACUUCUGUGCUGUUUGUUAGGCAGCACACAUUAUGAACCAGCAGAAAAGAUGCAGUAGGUCCUUUCCUGUCAGGCUGCACGUGGCCAACCCAAGAUGCAUUGUAGAUACACCAAAUCCUCAUCUUAAUCCAACCUGAAUCAGAUCAUCUUGUUGCAGGGCUGCAUCCUUAUCUUACUACCAGCAGGGGAGAGACGAAGAGAUGCUCUGUUUGCCGAGAUAGCAUUCAAGCUGUGCAGAGGAUCUCUUCCCCCUUACCACCAACAGCAUGGAGAGUGUGCGUGAGAUGCAAAACCCGCUCUUGGCCAAGGCCAACGGACACCUUCACAACAGCUAUUCUUACCACCAGCAUCACAGCCAGGACUACCCCAGUCAUCACUGCCAAGGGAAACUGUAUUCCUACAUCUUCCAAAACGCUGGCAGUGCCAGGACUCACCAGCUGCUGGAUGCCAGUUCCCUGCAGCUGGCUGUUGAAGCCUUGUACGGCCCCAGUUUCAUCCUUGUGAAGGAUGAGACCACUCUCAAGGCCAAGGACAGCAAAACAGAAAGCUGCGAAACCACUUUUACAGAAAGCAAAGAGGCUCCAUCCGAAGCUCCUGAAAGGCACGAGGCACAAGGGUCCUGCCUGGUAGAGAGUGACAUCCGCAUCCAAACUGUGUCCUAUGAGGUGGAGGAAGAUGAGCUCCAGGAGUAUGAGAGCGACUCCUCCAGCGACAGCGAAAGCGAGGAUCAUUUCCUGAUGCUUCCCCCCAAGGACCACCUGGGUUUGGCCCUUUUCUCCAUGCUGUGUUGCUUCUGGCCCCUGGGGAUUGCUGCUUUCUACUUCUCCCAAGGGACCAGCAAGGCUGUCUCCAAAGGAGAUUUCCAUCUGGCCAGUUCAGCUUCCCGCCGAGCUCUCUUCCUUGCCGCGCUCUCCAUAACCAUCGGCACAGGAGUGUACAUCGGGGUGGUGGUAGCACUGAUUGCUUAUCUCUCGAAAGGGGGCCAUGUAUAGCUGCCACCUGCAUGUCACUGCCGUCCCUGGCCGGGGCCCUCCUGGGAUUGAGCUUUCCUGUGGAGCACAGAGCACCAGUGCCUGCAAAGGUUGCUUGCACAGCCAGACCCCAGCAUGGAUGCACUAUGGUUUUUUCUCCUUUCAGAGAAACAGUAAAUCCCUGUUCUCUCCAAGGCUGCAGUGUGCCACCAUCCAACAACAGGGAACUGAGAACCAGUCUGGCUGCUGGGACCAGGAGGAGCACAGUUGCCUGAUGGAAGAUGUGCAGGAGAGAAACUGCAUGCUGCUGCUGGGCUGGUGCCACCACCCCUCAUCUGGGGCCACAGCUUCCCUUCUCAGCCCUGUAGCUGGGAGAGCCAUUGCUGGUGCCCAAGCUUGGCCCAUGAAGAGGGCACACAGGGAGGAGAGGGGAUAUGGGCCCAGGGAAUAACCGCUGUUUCUUCCAGGAGGCCCGAGUCCUGGUGGGGUCUCCAGACUCCUGUGAUGGAGACAACAUUCUCACUUCAGCACCAUGGGGUGGCACCUGGCUCCUCAGAUGCGGUGAAAUAGGAGGACAGAGCAUGAACAAGACCAAAGGGCAUGCUCUACACAUCCCUCUGCAGACAGAUCCCUGAUCCACAGGAGAAAUCCCAGUUGCUGGCCCAUCCCAGAAGCAAGGAGGAAGGCGGGCUGGUGGUUGCACAUCUCUUCCAUUCCUGGUGCAGGCUGGUAAAGACAGCAAUGUUUUCUCCAUGUUAAGAAUGACUGUCAUGAUGAUCCCAAGUCUGAGCCCCCAUAAGGUUGCCAUCCCAGAGUGCUGGGCCCUAAAGAGACUUGUAAUUGAUAUUCUCUACCCAAGAAGUGACCUGGGAGGGGUGGGGGCCUGAAGGAUUCUACUCUUGGCACUAGGUCAGGGCCCUGCACACAAGGAGGGAUGGAAAGAAAAGGCUGACAUGACAUGCAGAGUCUGAGGUGGGAGUGCUGUUUGCAAGGGGAUGAGAUCCAGAGAAGGAAGAGAUGUGGAGGGAGCCCAAGACACAGGGGAUGACCCUAACACACUCCAUC